AUGCUUUCACGUCACUUAUCAAGGUGUUGUAGCAAAAGAACAACACAGAAUCUAUAUCUUGCGGUAAAGUCUCAAACGAGAUCAAUCUCAAAGAUAAAUCACCAUAAUGCAGCUCAAGUCGCUUCAAGACCACAACCAUCACCUGCUUUCAACAUAUCUGAUGUUGAAUCAUCAUCACCGCCACAACAAAAGACCUCUUUGAGGCAGCAGCCACAACGUCGUAGUGAGCAAGCCAUGGAUGAUUCCUUUAUUGGAUUGACUGGUGGUGAGAUCUUUCAUGAAAUGAUGAUGAGACACAACGUUGACACUGUGUUUGGAUACGCAGGUGGUGCUAUUUUACCAGUCUUUGAUGCUAUUUACAAUUCAGAAAAAUUCAAGUUUGUUUUGCCAAGACACGAACAAGGUGCAGGUCAUAUGGCAGAAGGUUAUGCUAGAGCCAGUGGGAAACCAGGUAUUGUUUUGGUCACCUCUGGUCCAGGUGCAACCAAUGUUGUUACUCCUAUGGCUGAUGCCUUGAUGGAUGGUGUUCCAUUGAUUGUAUUUACUGGUCAAGUGCCAACCACCGCUAUUGGUACCGAUGCAUUCCAAGAAGCUGAUGUCAUUGGUAUCUCGAGAUCAUGUACCAAAUGGAACGUUAUGGUUAAAAAUGUAGCUGAAUUGCCAAGAAGAAUAAACGAAGCCUUUGAAAUUGCCACUACUGGAAGACCAGGUCCAGUCUUGGUUGAUUUACCAAAGGAUGUCACGGCAUCCAUCUUGAGGGAAUCUAUACCUAUAAACACCACAUUACCAUCAAAUGCUUUGAGUACAAUUACUAGAAAAGCGGUUUCCGAAUUCACCACUGAAGCUAUAAAGAGAUCGGCUGACAUCUUGAACAAAGCCAAGAAACCAAUCAUUUACUGCGGCGGUGGUAUCUUGAAUCAUGAAGAUGGACCAAAGUUGUUGAAGGAGUUGGCUGACAAGGCAAAUAUCCCUGUUACCACUACUAUACAAGGUUUGGGUGCAUUCGAUCAAAGAGAUCCAAAGUCAUUGGAUUUUUUGGGUAUGCACGGUUCAGCGGCUGCAAACACUGCCAUGCAGAAUGCUGAUUGUAUCAUUGCUCUUGGUGCUAGGUUUGAUGACAGAGUCACUGGUAACAUUGCAAAAUUUGCUCCUGAAGCCAAAUUAGCCGCAGCUGAAAACAGAGGUGGUAUCUUGCAUUUUGAAAUUUCACCAAAAAACAUCAACAAAGUUGUUGAAGCCACUGAAGCAGUUGAAGGUGAUGUUACUGCCAACUUGCGCAAAUUCAUCCCUCUUGUUAACCAAGUUGAGUCAAGACCAGAAUGGUUUAAAAAAAUUGAUGAAUGGAAGGAAAAGUAUCCAUACGCAUACCAAUUAGAAACCCCAGGUUCCAAAAUCAAACCUCAAACCUUGAUUAAGGAAAUUUCCCAUCAAUCACUGAAUUAUGGUAAGGAUGUCUAUGUUACCACUGGUGUUGGUCAACAUCAAAUGUGGGCCGCACAACACUGGACCUGGACCAAGCCUAGGACCAUGAUUACUUCCGGUGGGUUGGGAACUAUGGGUUACGGUUUACCUGCUGCUAUUGGUGCCCAAGUUGCAAAACCAGAUGCCAUUGUUAUUGACAUUGACGGUGAUGCAUCAUUCAAUAUGACCUUGACCGAAUUGUCAUCUGCUGUACAAGCCGGUGCACCAAUUAAAGUUUGUGUUUUAAACAACGAGGAACAAGGUAUGGUCACUCAAUGGCAAUCAUUAUUCUACGAACAUAGAUACUCCCACACUCAUCAAGCUAACCCAGAUUUCAUGAAGUUGGCAGAAGCAAUGGGUGUAAAAGGUAUCAGAAUUUCAACUCAAGAAGAAAUGAAACUGGGUGUUAAAGAGUUUUUGGAUUGUCAAGAACCUGUAUUGUUGGAGGUGAUGGUAGAAAAAAAGGUUCCUGUUUUACCAAUGGUUCCAGGUGGAAAUGCUUUGGAUGAUUUCAUCUUGUGGGAUUCAGAGACUGAAAAACAACAAAACGCAUUGAGGAAACAAAGGACUGGUGACUACUUUCAACUGAACAAAGUCCUCAACCAAAGGAUAGCAUACAACUUACCAUUGGAUGCCAAUUCACAAGAAAGAGAGAUCCAAGUUGUCAUUACCAUUUCCCAGAAAUAUGAUCGAGCUAAACAUGCUGAAUUAGAUGGGUUCAAGGGGGUAGUCUUACCAGAGGCACCGAACUUAUUGCUUUACUUACAAGGAGGGCCGGGGUUUGGAUGUACCGUCCCCACUAGUUAUUCCGGCAUCACCAAAGUGUUGUUAGAUGAGGGGUAUCAAAUUGUAUGGAUGGACCAAAGAGGAACUGGAGGCAGCACACCGAUUGACUACAGGACUUUGAGUCAAAAUUUAUCGACAACCGCAGUCGAGGACCAAUUGGAAGCGAUUUUACAGUUUCGGGCUGAUUCAAUUGUUAGAGAUGCCGAAACCAUUCGCAAGCAUUUAAUAGGUGACGCAAAAUGGUCUACGUUGGGUCAAUCUUAUGGGGGAUUUUGUAGCUUUACUUAUUUGUCGCUUUAUCCUGAAUCUUUGAAACAGGUGUUUAUUACUGGUGGUGUACCACCCAUUGGAUUCGAUGUUGAUUCGGUAUACACACAAACCUAUAAACGGACAAAGGAGAGAAACGUCCACUAUUACCGCAAAUAUCCACAAGACGUUGCUCGUGUGGUUGAGAUAUGCCAGUACUUAAAGUCAAAUAACGUAACUUUACCCGAUGGCGGCCAUUUAUCCGUUGAGCGCUUCCAACAAUUGGGACUCAGUUUUGGAGGGUUUGGCGGAACCGAUCAAGUGCAUACCAUAGUGACCAACUUUUGGCAGGACUUGAAAAUGUUUAACCAUCCCACGGUGUACACAUUGACGCUGGUGCAAAAUGCCAUGUCGUUUGACACUAAUGUCAUUUAUGCUCUAUUCCAAGAAGCAAUUUAUUGUAGUGGCAAAAUGAAGAGUAAUUGGAGUGCUGAUAGGUUGAGAUACAUUUCAGGAAAUGAAAAGUUUCAAUUCAAUACUGAUGAAAUUUACUUUACUGGCGAGAUGGUGUACAAGAGCAUGUUUGAUGAUUAUGCUGAACUUAGACAAUUUAAAUCUUUAGCUUAUGCAUUGCACGAGUUUGAAAAUUGGAGUACUUUGUACAAUAUCGACAAGUUGCAGACUAUUACUUGGAAAGAUGUACCUAUUGUCGCUACUACUUAUUAUGCUGACCAAUAUGUUGAUUUUGAAUUGACACGACAGGUUAAGCAACAAUACUUGCCUUCUUGUAAUUUACGUCAAUACAUUACAAACGAUUUGUUCCAUAAUGGGUUACGAGUUGACCCUGACAGGGUUCUUACAUCAAUGUUUAAAUUGCUAGAUAAUGGUUUUGAUUAA